GAACAUUUGUAUCCGCUUUCACCGUGCUGUGCGGAGCCCGGACUGACCUCCCUGACAGGCACAUGUGUUGUGUCUUCUGGCUGAACAUUGCUGCUGCUCUGAUUCAGAUCCUGACGGCGAUUGUGAUGGUUGGCUGGAUUAUGAGUAUAUUUUGGGGGAUGGACAUGGUCAUUCUCGCAAUUUCACAAGGCUACAAGGAACAGGGGAUUCCACAGCAGCUGUAG